GUUCAAUUAGAUGGUUCUCUCAGAUAUGAUGUUUUUGUUUAGAGUAAAAUAUUUAGACAUAAUCUUAUAUUCUACCUUAUUUGUUUGUCGAAUAUGAUUAUUAGACAUAAUCUCAGAUAUGAUUAUUUUCCUACACAUACAAAACUGAAGAUUUGGUUGUCGGACACAUAAGUAAUGGACCUUGUGAUUUCUUUCCAAUAGCUUAAUGGAAACUCAUGGGAUGGGCUCUCAUGGGGCUGUUGGAAGCUCUGAUGGAACAGUAGAGAGGGAAAAUAGCUCACUUAACAUAUACUCUGAAGGGGUCUGUCCGAAUUUGAUACAACCAAAUUUAGAGGAAGCUGUUAGUGCAGAAAGUUUGCAUGCUAAUAGAAAACUGAGGUCGAGUGUUUGGAAAGAGUUUGAGCUGACUAUGCUAGAUGAUGGUACUUAUAAAGCAAUAUGCAAGCACUGUAAGAAAGAUUUUGUUGCUGGUAAUAGAGCUGGGACAAGCCACUUGAAGUACCACACUGGAGUCUGUCCUAAGAUUCAGUUAUCAAAGAGAAAAAAAUUUGGUAGUCCAAAGUUGGAUAUUCCUAUCUUUGAUCAGCAACGUAGCCGCGAUGAUUUUUCCAGAAUGGUUCUUGCUCAUGAUUAUUCUUUAAAUAUGUCUGAACACUACUAUACCAGAAUAUUCCUCUAUAAUCUGCAACCUUCAUUCAAGCUGGUACAUAGAACUACUCUAAAGGAUGACUGUAUGAGGAUUUAUGAUGAGGAGAAGUUGAAAGUGUACCAACUGUUUGAGAAACAAUCAUGUCGCUUUGUUUUGUUGUAG